UUGACAGUGUGUUUCGAAUUUCUUUUGGCAGUUUUACCUGACAUACCGUAUAAAAUUAAUUAAAACUGUAUUUGUGAUUAUUCAAAUUAAUAUUGGCUUGUAAUAUUGUUUUACUUUACAUAUUAAACGUAUUUGAACUUAUAGUGCUAGUAUCGAUUAAUACUCAUAUCGGAUUCGACAAAAAGGCGGGUAAUUGUCUUCUGUUGUUUUGUUCCAUUGCUCUGUGUAGCUGCCAGUUUUUAGUAUUAAAUCGUUAAACUUAAAAUAUUGCUCAUUUACAAAUUUGUUAAAAGUUUUCAUUCAAAAUUUCUGUGUAUAUAAGUUAUUCUGUGAGCCAGUUUUUGCUAUAAAUUUGUAAAAGAGAUUUGCUAUUGAUAGAGAGCUUAUUUACUUUCCAGGUUAUCCACACCAAUGGAGGUAUACACUUUUGACAAGAGUCUCCAAGAAAGGCUGGUUGAAUUAACUGAAAUCUUGUCUAGUAGAGGUAAAAUAGUACCUGCGUCACAAAUUCAGGCAGAAUGGUCCUAUCACAUAGAACUUGUAAUAGAACCAGUUGGUUGGCAAGCAUUGUGGAAGAUACCACGCUUAGUCUGUGAAGAUUUUCAAAUUCAUUACCCUACCAUAGUAGUUGUAGUAGUUGAGCAAGUCGAUUUCAAUGCUCUAAAUGCACUGGUGAAAAUCACUGCUGUUCAGGAUGAGAUUCAUUUACCUGAAAAAUAUGAUGUACCACUUGUAGAACUUUAUCCAACUCAUAAUCAAGAAAAUACUGCUCUAGAUAUGGUGGGCACUGCAAGUUGUAUUGAUCAAUUAAGAUUUUUUUAUAAUUAUUUGUGGAUGCCAUGGGACAUAGAUGACGAUGAUAACACUGAUUGGGUAUCUGUACAUUUGGAAACAAGGAUCAGAUUAUUUUUUGACAUGAAGAGAGGGGUUGUUAGUAAGGAAACCAGUGAUGUUAUCAGAAGUUUGGUGAGAGAAGGACGAGAGAUUCAACAGAGAAUAUCAAGAUUAGAGGAUACUAUUUCUGAAGAAGAGGAAGGAUCUCAUAUAGACAUAGUAGAUGGAGGAACAGCAUGUCAACUCAUGAAACUUCAUUUUCGGUUACAACAAAUUAAAAGAGAAAUGGAAGUUCUUGAAAAUCCUGCUAUGAGGGAAAUCCUUGUAAAAAAUCGAGUUUCGUCAUUAACUGCUGAUAAAAUAGAAAAGCAGGAGAGUAAAGAAAAGUGUAUGGAAGGACAUUUUGUAUGGCUUGGAGGUACUCUGGAAGAAAUGAAGGAAGCUAUAGAUAAGGUUCAAGCUUCUUUAUCUUCAAAACUGUUUUUCAAAAUCUCUGGGUCAUUGCAAGAGACUUUACAUACAUGUGAAGCAGGAGAUAUCAUUGUACUUGGAGAUGGAAGUCAUCAAAUAAAAGGUGCUGGUAAUUUAGAGGAAGGUGGUACCAUUAAAGGAAUUCAUAACUUAGAACAGACUAUUCUUUCUGUGAAAGAUACUGAAAUUGUACCAUCAGUACUUGAUUUUUCUGGAAGUGAAGUUUUGUUAGAAAAUAUUACAGUAGAUGUAGAUGACCUUAGAGCAGCUGUGAUAGUUAGAGCUGGAACUACAAAGAUUGUUAAUUGUAAAAUAUGUGCUUUAAAUCAGAGUGUGGUGAAGUUAGGAGUUGUGGUUUUACCUAAUGCUAAACUGAUAAUAGAAAACUCGUUAUUUGAUGGUCUUGGGACAGGUUUAGUUAUUUAUAGCAAUGGGGAAGUGCUUAUGAGUAACUGCAAUUUUAAAAAUUGCGCAGAGGGUAUACAGCUUUAUGACAAUGCAAAAUUAGUAGCAACGAAGUGUUUAUUGGGAUAUUUUAAAGAGUAUGCUAUUCGUUUUGAAACCCGAAAAUAUUUAAGUAACUUGGAAAGCAAAUGUGGCAGCUUGGAAUUGCUGGAUAAUAUAUCCGAAGUUGCCUUACACGACUGUAAAUUCGAAGGAAAUGGCAAAGGAGACGUCACGCUAAAACCUGGCAAAGUAUUUGCUUUGACAACAAAACAAGACGAACCUGAGAAAAUGGAGUCUUAAAGUAAUUAAUUUAAAUUGCAGAUGUUAUGAAUCUUUUACUUUUGUUAUAAAAGUGCAUGUAAUUUAUGGUGCUUCCAUAGAAAUAUAAGAAUUUUGUAUUUUUUUA